CCUGUCGGCAUUCUGCCGUGAGCUCAUCGAAGCAGCGAAACUCGUCCUGAAAGCUUUGCGCCGUGCACGCAAUCUCUUCCAUCACACCCUGGCAAACAUCAUAGUCCUUGCCUAGUGCUUUCUCCAUCUCUUUCUCAAUCUGACUGCUGUGCCAUUGUUGUGUGUCCUCAUUCCCGAGCAUCAAUGUGAUUGUCUCUUCAUCUUCAACGGUCCGUCGAAGCAGCAGGUGUAUCUCAUUCGUGAAGAAGCUCCAUUGGCGGUCAACUUGCUUUUGGAUGCGCCGGAGCUCUCGCGAGUAGUGGCGAAAGCUCUUCAAUUUCUUGCGGACGACAGAGCAUGCCUUCAUUGCUCCACCGACCAACGGCAAGAGGCCCAAAGUCAAAGAAAAUGGAUCCAUUGGCACAAACUGUCCAGAGGUCCCAGAUCGUGAUCCUCUCGUUUAUAUGAGGUUUUUUUCUCCCACUUCAAAAUGGAAAAGAUCAGGCUGUGGGCUCCAACAUGGCAUGUCAGGAGGUAAAAGCCGUUGGCUCAUUGGUUGAAGCAUCGCUAUUGCUAUCAGCCAGAAAAAUGGACUCUCUGAAGACUGAAGAGACCAUCGACACAAACUAUCUUAUCCGGUCGUUCCUUAGCGCGGCGACCGGGGAAUCACCUCAUGUGGGUGCUAGUCUCGUUGCACGCCUGACUGAUGGAACGAUCACUGUAUUUCAGGACAUCAACAAACUUUUGAUAGACAGAGCCAAGGGAAUUCCAGAGUCACAUGCAUACGCCAUUAGUCUUGGAAGGAGCUCCGACAGGCUUCGGCUCUGGUCAGACGGAUACGGAAUUUCCAGCGGAGCCUCCGAUGAUAUUUUCGAGCGAUCUAGUCGGCUACGAGGUGCAACGCUUGAAAUUCUAUGUAGCAUAGGAUCAACUCUUACUGAGAGGCUCAUACCAUCAGCAUGGGUGACAAUCCUUUUGGGAAAGACGCAACUUUCGGAGAGUGCUACAAAUAUGGUAGAACAGCUGCGGCAACUGAUCCAAGAGGCCGAAGACGAUCAUCCAAAGAGCGAAUCUUCGACUGGAUCAUCCGAGUAUGAUGAUGACGAUAUCAUGCAAAUCACAGCAGAUCUUGAAACAGACACACAAAGUUUGAUGGACCUCGAUGGCUUGUUCUCUGAACCCAUCCUGGAUGCCGGGGACAAUAGGGAAUCGAUUGCAUCGUCUUUGCACAAAUGGGAACUGCAUGAGCCUUAUAAGCAACUCAUCAGCAAGCGCUUUCCCAAUGCAGAUGACAAUCUCAUUAUCAGUCUCGGAAAAGCCAACUAUAAUCGAUUCUUGAGAGGACAAAAGCGGAGGAACAAAAGAGUUCGGGCACUGCUGAAUGGAUCUGACCUGUUGCAUGAGAUCAGAGAUUCGGAUGCUACCAGUUCUAAAUUCCAAGAUUCAGGCCUUGGAUCAUCCGUUCCUUCGUCUUACGCUGAGACAAUCAUGUCAUACCACGGCGAUAAAGGGUCUUCGGUUCGCUUACCACCCCUGCCCAAGUCGGCUAUGAAUGGUUCAAGUUUUCUCUGUAUAGCAUGUGGCAAACCCACUAUCGCGCAAACUAAAUCUGCAUGGAAAAGGCACCUGUACAACGAUUUGAAGCCUUGGCAAUGCCUGGAGCCCUCAUGUAGGCACAAAGGCAUCUUCAGAACUCGUGGAGAUUGGAUCUCACAUCUGUCCCUCGACCAUUUUGGGCUUGACUCGCUCGAUUGGAAAGAAUCUGAGUGCCCAUUGUGCCGAAAGAACACUGGUCGUGGCACGAUCGCUAUCCUCAAUCACCUCGGGGGUCAUCUUGAGGAGAUCUCUCUCGCAGCUCUCCCGUCAAACCCCGAUUCGGACACAGAGAGCCAGCCAUCAGACACCAGUCAGCAAGAAGAAACUGUUGAUCUUGAAUCCGAGAAAACCAAUGCAGCACAGGUCGGUGAUGCAGGCUUUCCGCAUACUGCAGAUGAUGGGCAAAGCUCUGAGCCGAUUGCCACUCAUCUCAGUUUCAAUACUACUAUACACUAUAUUAAUGAAUUCGUACUCCAAGAGCCUGAGCUUUACGACGAAUUCAGACCACUGAUUGAUGCAUAUCAAAAUAAAAGCAUGAAAUUCCAAGAGUUCUACGCCAGAGCGACGGAUAUCUUGUCGAAUGCUCCAGAGUUGAAAUUUAGUCAAUAUUUUUUGAAUAUCUUUGCCAAACUGAACGAAAGUUGGCCACCGAGAGAAACGCUCGAUCAAAUUCUUGGAAGUUUAGAGGAAGACGCUGCCUUGUUGAUGAAGCUAGCACCCCCGCUCCAAAAGGCCAUGCAAGAAACUCGCAAACCUUCAAGAGGGAUGACACAAGAUCAAUUCUAUGAAUCGGAGUAG